UUAUACUUCACAAAUCGUAACUUCGUAUUUUCAUCGCAAUUCGUUCAGCGUCUCCGUUGUUGAUUGUUGAUCGAGUUCUUCCUCACAGGAUUCUCGAGAAUGUUCUCCAGCAGCCAGUUUGAUUCCGGCAGUGGAUUUACGUCCUCCCAGGUCCCCGACUCCACUUCGGCGAAGAGUCGAGAAUCGCCGGGUUUAGUUCCAGUAACUGUAAAACAGAUAAGCGAAGCUUUCCAUUCCGGCGAAGAGAAAGCCAACUUUGUAAUCAAUGGCGUUGACAUUACAAAUGUUACAAUCGUUGGGAAGGUCUCUGAAAAAGCUGAAAGGAAUACUGACAUCACAUUCGUUGUAGAUGAUGGAACAGGAAGAAUUGGCUGCAAAAGAUGGGUAAACGAUACAUUUGAUACUAAGCAAAUGGAUGACAUACAAGACGGAAUGUACAUACGGGUGAAUGGGCAUUUGAAAAUAUUUCAAGGCAACAUGCAAAUAUUCGCAUUUUCCGUAAGGCCUGUCACAAAUUGUGAUGAAAUUACCUUCCACUUUAUUGAAUGCAUACAUGACUACUUGCGGAAUUCCAAGUUGCAGCUCAAUGGAGUUGCAUCAACACAAUCCCAAUCCUCGGAUUCAACUGUGAACGCCCUGGUGCAGAGUGGCUCGAGUGGAUACCAGACAGCAUCUUCAGAACUAUCAUCUGGGCAACACACUGUAGAUGUUAAAAAGAAUCCUGAUGAUUUGGUCCUUGAUUAUCUGCAGCUGCCCUCCAGCGUAGCAAAAGAAAAGGGGAUACACAGAGAUGAACUUUCCCAACAACUGAAAAUUCCUUUGGAGAAAAUACUGGACUCCAUUAGGUCUCUUGAAGAUGAAGGUUUGAUAUAUUCCACCAUUGAUGAGUUUCAUUUCAAGUCUGCUGCAUAGAAUUGACAAUUCUAUAGGCUUUCUUUUCUUUAUUUAAUUUUACCAUGCUCCAUAUGCUUUGAAAUAGAUCCAUUUACUGCCUGACUUUCAACCUCAAAAAGUUCAACGUAUAUGUAUUUUUAA